AUGUCUACCAGUAACGGCACCCAUCUCACAACUUCGCGCGUCAACCGGCUGUUCCGACCAUUACGCGCCAAAUGCACAACCCUAGCAGAUUUCUCGGCUCCGAGGUCGCAUAAAAGACCUCUGGUGUCUGUGACCUACUCGAAUCGCUCACGCCCCCUUCCACGAACCGCGUCCACGGACCACGACGCGCCUCCACUGGCCAUUUUACAGCCGCCCGAGAGUCUCGGGUCGCGUAUACAUUUUGACCGCACCAGUCUUGACAAUGUCCAGCUCUCGCGGAAGAUCUACGAAGUACGCGAUGCAUUCCGAAGUGUCGUACAGGCUGCCCUCGGCACGGAAUCGACAGGUCCGCGCAACGACGCGCCGCCCAUUCGAUCUCUGGCAUCGAUGUGCGCCGCCAUGAUCGGCGAGAACAUCCAAGCUGAGAUAGUUGCUCGCCAAGACGAACUCGAGGAUGAACUUGAGGACUCGUCCACAAACAUCACUACCGACAUCCAGGAGGAACUGUACGAGGCCGUUCCUCUUCACUAUCGAAGCCAUACUGUUAUCUCUCAUGCUCUGACUCUUGUUCUCGAGACAUGUCCCCACCAUCCCACACUCUUGACAGCGCUCCUCGAGGUGUGCCUCUCUCACACCCUAUCCAUCGAAUCCCACCUCGUUCUCCACGCGUUGUUUCUCGAGUCUAUCCGCUCUUCCGUCACUGGCAGCUCGACUUGUCCCCUUCUUCAUCCCGCACACACCAACUACCUCACGACUCUCCGUUCAUCAUGCUGCUCCAGAGACCAUCGCGCGAGCGCCAACUACCAUCGCCUUGACAACUCGACCUUCGCGGCCUUAUUCGUGGACGCGCUCUCGCAGUCCCAGGCUGGGCGCGUCGACGCGUGGACGUCGAAACCUGUUGCCCGCCUGGCGAGGGACUUGCGCGCACAGGACUUACCGGCGUUCCUGCAGCUAUGCUCAGGAUUGGCGCACGAUAUUGUCGAGACCGACAAAGGUCAGGCCCGAAGCCGGUCCAAGAGGAAGUCCCACGUUCUAGAGCCCCUCGAAGACAAGUUGAGGCCCCGGCUUGCCAAGUGGACGAAGUCGGCGCUGGACCAUCUAGCUGCAAGAGAGUCGCAGGCCGAAAGCGGUGACCCGGCAGCAACUCGCCCUUACGCAGAAGACGUCCAGCACACAGUUGACUUCUUGCUGUACAUAUCGAGCACCGGUCUUCAAGUCCGACCAGAACGUGGCUCGCCCAAACAGCCCAGCGCGGCAGACACUCUCAUCUGCCUAGCGACCUACUGCCUCGCUAGCCCAGUACUACCCACUCUACCCCUCGGCGACCGGGAGACUCUCGCCGCGUUCCUCCGCUCCUGCGCGCCCAACACGGACACCUACGGCGCCCUCGUCGGCCUAUUCUUCAUCGUCCCUGUUCCCGCUGACCCUACGAGUCCCUUCGACUUCCCGCUCGCGCUCGAGCGCGCCCCGUCAGAAGACAGCACACCCCAGCCCACGCCCCCGCCUACGCCUCAGCUCACACAGACGGAGGCUAUGCAGGUGCUCAGACGUUACGCUCGUGCACUGCGCGCACACCGACUGUACCUGCUCGAGGCGAGCCUCUGGGGCAACGCCCUCAGGCAGAUCGAGGACGUGAUCUUGACGGGAGGGAUGGGCGGCGCGCAUCCGUUCCUGCCCAGGCGCGGUGCAGAGGCGGGUGAGGACCUGCAUGCGCUGAGGGAGGAACUCGUGGGGAGGGUCGAGGGCGCAGAGGCGCGUUGCUUCAGUACGGGCGCAGGGGCGCAGCAGACGGCCAAUGCGAUUCUGGGCGCAGGCGGCCCGCAAGCGGGUCCUUCUACGUCCUCCGGAGAGUGGGUUUGGGAGGACAUGAUCGGCUCGUGGGUGCAGAAGACCCCCGAGGUGCAACGCCCUACGAAACGGAGGAAGGUCCAGCAAUCGAAACCGCUCCCCGCUGUCGAGCUGCACGCGCCUCGCAAACUGCGAUCUCAGUCUGGUCCGAAAAAGCCUGAGCGUCAGCCACGGCGGUCUCAACCGGGCCAGGCCACUGUGGCCUCCUCCAGCUCGCGGACAUCCAGACAGUCGACGCCCACGAUUGUUGCCAGUCCCCCUCAUGAUGACGAUGACGAGGAGACGUUGGCGAGCUCGGAGUUCGAGGACUUCCCUGGGCUCAGCCAGAACAAGAAGCGUGUGCGACGAAGUCCCCCUCGUAGUCUCAAGACCGAGAAGCCCGAAAAAGAGGUCGACAGCGCUGGCGAAGAGGACGAGCGGCGUACUACAGGUACCGCAAAAGAAGGCCUGGAGCAUUAUGUCCAGCCCCGUGGUCGUGCAGUCAAAAGGCCAUCAAAUGCAGCGCACCACGCGACGCAGAGCGUGAUAUCCCUGCACCCCGAGCGGAAGACAAAGGCACUUCCAAAGCCUGCAAGAUCCUUGUCAGCGUGCUUCCGCAGCCGAAGCCACGCACUCAGCCUGCUCGCGAAGAGAGUGACGACGAUCUUGAGGACUCGGAGGAGGACGAACCUUCUCGAAUGUGCACUGCCGAGGAUCUCUCGUCCGAUGACGCGUUGA